GAAAAUGAGAAGUGCUUCAAAGUUAAAUUUAAGAUGUGUGUGACUCACACUAGGUAGGUAUCACGUCUGAGGUAAUCCCCGGGCCUCAUAACCAUUGGUGAACCUUCUUUUAAAUUCAAUGUUAUAAGUGGAAAUGCAUCAUAUGGGCUAGAUGCAGAAAUAGAAACAAUGUCAAUUUUAAAAGACUUCAAAAUAAAAGGGACUGAAGUUCCAAACCACCAGAGCUCUGAUAAUGCUGAUGGGGGAUCUGGUGAAGAAAAGGAGAUUGCUGAGGAAAGGGUGAAACUAGAUCCAAUUCCUUCCUAUGCUGAGAUAGUGGCUGGAAUUGCGGAUCAGGAUACAUCUCUGAAGUAUAUCCCUGCGAUUGAGGUAAAUGGGAAUUUAGUUGCUCAAAUCACUGCAGAUGAUGUUAUUGAUUCAUCGGAUAUAUGGAAAACAACGAUUGUGUGUUGCAUUCUGGGGGCCAACCCACCCAUAGAAGUGGUUAAAGGAUAUGUUAAUCGUAUAUGGAAAGAUUUCCCUAUUGAUGUUGUGGAUGUGCUUAAGGAUGGACAAUAUAUUGUAACCUUCAAUAGAGAGGAUGAUAUGAAGGAAGUAACCAAAAGGAGAUACUAUUACUUUGACAAUAAACCAGUAUUUGUCCAACAAUGGAAACCAGGAAAGAAGAUCAAUGUUGAGGAUCUAACUGAUGUCCCAAUCUGGGUGCAAUUUCCUGACCUAGAUGUCAAAUACUGGAGUCUCUCGGGUCUAAGCAAGCUGGGUAGUCUCAUUGGGAAACCCAUAAAGAGAGACAAAUCAACUGCUAGGAAAACCAAAUAUGCUUAUGCCAGGAUUCAAAUUGAGGUUCGAGUCCACCAGGACUUCCCUAAGGAAGUUGUGUUUAUAAAUGAAGAUGGGAGAGCUAUAACACAAAGAAUUGACUAUGAAUGGAUUGUCCAGAAUGUCUGGACCCAGAAGAUGGAGGGCAGAUUUAUGUUCCAACUAUACAAGAAAUUGAAAAUGCUAAAACCUUUAUUGAGGGGACUGAAUAAGAGAAAAUUUGGCCAUAUUUACCAACAAUGUAAUCUGCUGAGGGAAGAGCUAAGCCAAGUACAAGAGGCACUCAGGUUGAACAUGAAGUGUGAACAUCUAAUAACAAAGGAGAUAGAAUUAAUCAAGGAAUUGACAUGGAAACUGAAGGCUGCUAGACUCAUGAAGAAUCAACAGGCUAAGCAAGAAUGGGUCCUGGAAGGGGAUAAAGACUCAAAACUCUUUCAUGCUUGGAUCAAGAAAAGGAGAAUGAAUAACCAUAUUAAUACUAUUAAGGAUUCAAAUGGGAAUCUGAUUGAAGGGAAGACAAACAUUGCUGGGGUGAUGGUGGAUUAUUUCCAGAAACUGUUGGGCAAGACAGAGUGGAUAGAAGACAUCCUUCAGGAGGUCAUUGGGGAAGGAAAAAUGCUCUGUGUGGAACAACAGCUAAAAUGCAUAGCUCCUGUAACUGAGGAGGAAAUAAAGAGAUAUGACCUUAUUGUGGCUUGUAGGGGUGAUCUCCCUUCUAUUGACUGUGUACUAGCUGCUGGCCUUAAUCAUUUCAAACAAACCACAAGGAGAACUAAGCUGAUCAACUCAGUCCUCUAUGGUAUUGCUGAUUUUUGGAGUAGGAUCUUUGUACUGCCAAAUUCAGUCAUGAGAAAGGUAAUGGCAUUGUGCAGAAAUUUCCUUUGGAGUUCUGGUCCAGUACACAGAAGAUGCCCCUUAAUCAAAUGGGAGGAAGUGUGCCUUCCCAAACAGGAGGGGGGGCUUGGGCUGAAAAAUCUGCUAUUCUGGAAUCAAGCUUGCUCAAUGAAACUCUUAUGGGAUAUUGCUAAUAAGAAGGACUCACUGUGGGUUAGAUGGGUGCACAGCAAAUACCUCAAGCAAGGAACAAUCUGGGAAUGCAAUGUGAAGAAUGAUGACUGUUACUACUGGAAAAAACUGAUCCAAAAUAGAAGGCUUUUUGUGGGGAUGAACACAGCCAAUGGCUACACUGUGAAGGAGGGCUACAACCGGCUUAAAGGAAUCAGGAUGAAAGUGGACUGGGCAGAGGUGGUCUGGAGCAGAUGGUCAGUACCCAAGCAUCAGAUUAUUGCCUGGCUCAUAUGGAAAGGGAGGAUCCAAACAAAGGAUAGGCUUAGCAAAUUCCUACCUAUCGAUACCACGUGUGUGCUAUGUGAAAAAGAGAUGGAAUCUGCUGAUCACAUUUUCUGCUCUUGUACAUAUGCUAAAGCAAUUCAUGAGAAUAUGGCAAGUGUGCUUAAUGUUGAAAUGCAGGCUGAUUCCGUUAAGGAACUGGGGAAGAAGAUGGAGCUGGGAAGAGGCAGGAAAUAGAAAUGGCGCAUGGCUGCAUACAUUACAGCAUGUUGCUAUUUUAUCUGGAAGGCUAGAAACGAGAAGAUUUAUAAGGGCAAAAGAAUCAAGGAGGAAUUUACAUUUCGGUGUAUUAGUGAAAUUGUUGGUUUAUCACUUGAGGGUAAAAGGGUAGGGAAAAGGAUUUAGAUGGUUUUUGGAGUUGUUAGAUUGGUUUAGUCUGUAUGGGGUUAGUCUAUUGUUAUUACUGUUGUGUUUGGAAUAAAGAUUUAUUUGUGCU